CCUCAAAGCAUUUAUCCAUCACAUUGUAUAUGUUUAAGUUCAUUUAGAUGCAUUGUAGGUUGUAAUAUAUAAAGUGCUAAGUAAUAAUAGUGAGACAGGCAACCAAUGCCCGUGAAACACUCUCAUGGAGGAAGAGAAAGUGUUUUAGUUUGCUCUGACACUUUGAAGGCUUACCUGCAGACAACUUCCUGCAUACAGUAUAGAAUCAUGAAAACACAUUGUACAGCAGUGCAAAGUGAGAGUCAACACUAACCCUUUAAACAGCACAGUCAAGUAAAAACUCAACAAACUAAUCAGCCAUUGGAUGACAAAGCUGUCACUCAAGGGUUGAAGGGGCGGGUAGAAAAGGUUUUAGUCCUUAUGUCACGGUCACAUGGAUUCUCAUGUGGUAGAGACGAGAGGCACAGCAGCGCUCCCGUCAGUCAGCAGCUCAGCGCUUGCGUCCCAGCCUGCACAUGCUCUUGAGACGAGGCUGUUGACGGUCCUCAGCGUGGCUACAGAGCCUCAAGAUGUACUUAAUGAUCACAGCCAUGAAAGCUCAGAUUGAGAGUAUUCCCUGUAAAAUCUGUGGAGAUAAAUCAUCAGGGAUUCAUUAUGGUGUUAUCACAUGUGAGGGAUGCAAGGGUUUCUUCAGGAGGAGUCAGCAGGGCACUGUGUCAUAUUCAUGUCCUCGGCAGAAGAGCUGUCUGAUCGAUCGUACCAGCAGAAACCGCUGCCAGCACUGUCGCCUGCAGAAGUGCUUAGCAGUGGGCAUGUCAAGAGAUGCUGUGAAAUUCGGCCGGAUGUCUAAGAAGCAGAGGGACAGUCUGUUCGCAGAGGUUCAGAAACACCGUCAACAGCAGCAGGAGGAGAAAGUGGGUGAUGACACAGAGAAGGGGCGGGAACCUCAACCUCCAGGAGAGGCGGAGCCACUCACGCCCUCUUACGCCCUGUCCACCAAUGGCGUCACAGAGCUCCCCAAUGACCUCAGUGGAUACGUGAAUGGUCAGACCCCAGAUGAGGAAAAGGCAGAUUCAGCGAUUGGUGGAUUUUACCUAGACAUUCAGCCCUCUCCAGACCAGUCAGGUCUAGACAUGGAUGACAUUAAACUAGAACCUGUGUGCGACCUCAGCUCGGACUCAGGCUUAGAUCAAUAUUGUUGCUAUAGCAAUGGAGACUCUUCACCUACUGACAAUGAGCUAGAACAUCUGUCAGAGAACAUCUGCAAGUCUCACAUGGAGACGUGCCAGUAUCUUCGAGAAGAGCUACAGCCCAGCAACUGGCAGACGGUCUUACAGGCCGACCUGGACGCGUACCAAAAGAAGUCUCAGGAGGACAUGUGGCAGCUGUGUGCAGUUAAAGUCACUGAAGCUGUGCAGUAUGUGGUUGAGUUUGCCAAGCGCAUUGAUGGAUUCAUGGAGCUGUGUCAGAACGAUCAGAUCGUGCUGCUCAAAGCAGGUUCUUUAGAAGUAGUGUUCGUGAGGAUGUGUCGGGCAUAUAACUCCCAGAACAACACUGUCUUUUUUGACAGCAAAUAUGCUGGGCCGGAGGUCUUCAAAGCAUUGGGCUGUGAUGAUCUUAUCAGCUCUGUGUUUGAGUUUGCGAAGAGCCUGAACUCUCUACAGCUCAGUGAAGAUGAGAUCGGCCUGUUUUCAGCAUACGUGCUGAUGUCUGCAGAUCGCUCCUGGCUGCAGGAGAAGACCAGAGUGGAGAAACUCCAGCAGAAGAUCAAGAUUGCCCUCCAGAACCUCCUGCAGAAGAACCAGAGGGAUGAGGGAAUUCUCGCAAAGCUUGUCUGUAAAGUGUCCACCAUUCGGAUGUUAUGCCGUCGCCAUAUGGAAAAACUGAGCACAUUCAGAGCUCUUUACCCAGAUACGGUCCACACGCGCUUCCCUCCACUCUAUAAGGAGCUGUUUGGCUCAGACUUUGAGCAGGUUCUGCCUCAGGAGGCCUGAUAGAGACUUAUGCUAAUACUGCACAGAUUCAGAAAAAAAGAGAUGGAGAGAGAGAGAGAGAUAAUACUAACAUGCUGACAAGAACUCUAAGCUCACUUCAGCCUCAGUUCAUGUACACUUCAUUCUCACAAAGCACUUCUCAGAGUCCAGCCACACUUUGAACUUGCCCCCAUUGGCCAUGCACCAGAAGGCUGGCAGUCCUUUAUAAAACUUCAGAUGCGAGGGGAAAGAAAACUGGUGAUGUCUUGUAAUGUGCAUCAGAGCAUUCCUCCACGCCACAGCUUCAUCUUUCAGCCUCCUGUUCUGACUGCAUGAGAUCUCAGCGGAAACGCCCACUGCAUUUGACCGCACCAGCAUCGCCCUCUACUGGCCAUAGACAGUAACGAGGUGUCUGGCUGGGGUAGACGAAGACAGGAAAUGAACGUCUAGAGCUGAAAUCCCUGUCUUUUUUCUCUGGUGCCACAAUGAACAGCCCACGUUGGUGCUAACAUCACAGCACUGCCCUUUACUGACCUCUUCCAGCAUACACACAUUCAGCAGGGACAUCAUUUGGCGAAACCACUGCCCCAGCUCCAGGAGAAGACAGUGGACGAGGCAUGACAUGGGACUCAAACUAUGAGACCUGAAUCACUAUCGUACUGAAACUUUUACGAUCAAAUGGCAUGUUCUGAGGCAGUGAGCUCAAAUACGUGCAUAUAUUCUUGUUAUAUGGUUAGUUAAAUCAUGCAAUGUAUGAUGUGUAGAACCUAACGAAAGGUAGCACUUUGUGUUUUUCCCAGCAAUAAACGAUUUCAAUUUUAUUUGUGAAAAGAAAAAAAAAAACCUGAAGGAACAUGCUGUUAUUUUAGAUCGGUAAGAUAUGAAAUACUUGUUUGUGUUUUGUUAAAUCUCUGUCUUUUAAAGCCAGCUCGCGUUGUCUAGAUGGUGGUGUGACACCCUGUUGUGCCAUAGUGAUUCUGUGAUUAGAUUUCUGUCAAAGUGAGCCGAGUGGAGCGAUGAUUGACCGAUCAGGAGCAUGUGUUGACAUUCCAGGGGAUCUAGCAGUUCGUAUUAAAUGUCAUGAGGAUUGGAGGCGGUUUUCCUAACUGACCCUUUUUGAGAAACGUCUAUACGUUUUUUGCAUCUAGUAAUGCAGCUCAUCAGGGAAGAGGAGAGAAUAAAAACGGUCACUUAUUUUUUUCUUUCUUUAACUUGCAGCUGUGUACACAGGCUUGUUUUUUAAAAGAUGUUGGAUCUUUGUGUCAAUAUUUUUGUGCCCCUUCAACACGCACGUUUGAACCAAAUUGAAUGCAUUUAGCAUGCAGCCUACAAACAAGGACAAGCAAUAACCUUAGUAAAGAUGUUCUGAUCUGACAUCUCAGUUUAAUGUUUUUUGUAAGGGCUGGCACUGCUUUACCUGUAGUAUUCUUGUUUGUAUCUGUUCCGUGAAAGACAAUCCAUCAAAUAUCUGACCUCAUAAAAGGGUAUUUUGGGACUGCUCAGGGAAACUAUUGUUUUAUAGUUGAGGAGGAGAGUAAACGUGUCCGUAACUGCAAGGGGACGGCGUUAUAGUACAGUCGUUUGAAAAACAAUGUUUAAAAAGUAGUGAAAUAUUAUGAAAUUGUCCUCUUCGAGAAUCAGGGUCAGGUGUGUAAAUGAAGAAUUAUCCAAAAUAAUACUGAGCAGAAAGCAAUAAUAAUGGCAUAAUCAUGUUUUGAAAACGAAAAUUGCAUGCAAACGCUUUAAAUGCAGAACUUUGUCACAUGUUUUUGUUUGGCUUGAAAUUGGCUUGGUUUGGCCUCUCCCACGUCCUGAUGUCUUUACCCCUUUCCCAUUUCUUUAGAGACCUGAUUUAGGCCUGUGUAUUCUCUGUGAAUAUCUUUUUAGCGAUCCUCAGUUCCACUGUUUGUGCUGGUUCUAUCAAACUUUUUGGUUGGCUAUUAAAGAAGUAUUAUGGCACUUAAAUGGUUAGCAAAUUAAUUUCUUACACUCUCAUCGAUUAAAUGCAUUGAUUUCUGAUCUAAUCAAUGUUCAGUAAGAGUUAUAGCUGUUUAUUAUUAUGACAUGUGUAAUGUGUGGUGUUAUCUGUGUGCUAGUCCAGAGGCCUGGAAUGUUCUUUCUUUAAUUUGCCAAUUAUUCUUUAAAUGUCCAUCACUAAGGCAGUAUUGUAUUUUUCUCUUGCUUUGGUUUUGGGGCAUGAGUACUUAAUCUUUCUAUGUAUAUGUUAAGACGAGUAUUACAGCAACACAGUCCCUUUUAAGGUUGUCAUACUUUCACUGACAAAUGACCAAAUGUUUUGUAUGAUAUACACACCAUAAUAUGCUAAUUUGUGAGUAAUGCUAAUCAUUUGAGUGGAUCACAGUUUGUACUGAAGAAAAACGUCCUUCUGUUUUGAAGACUUGGGUUUUUCCUCUGUAUAUUUUUCCAUCCUUCAUUUUUAACAGAUUAACCAGUGGUCUCCUUUUGAUUUAAUCCACAAAGCACUCUUCAACUAGUUCUCCAGUAGAUCUGUAGAAAUAGUCCAUUUCUUCCUAUUUGUUCGAUUUGAGGUAUUUUGCCUUUGUUUUGUAUAUACACCUGUACAAAAAUGCAAAAGUAUUGUUUCUUUGAAAUACAGUUUUCAUCUAAUGUUGUGAUUUUUGUAUUUAGAGGUUUAACCCCCUAAAUUACUUUUAUUAAAGACGCAUGUCACACAUUGACAAAUAGUGUGUUGAACGUGCUGAUGACAAUAAAAAAAAUCCCACAGCUUGUGAUGAAAA